AUUUGAAUCAUUCCACCAUCUUCAAAAGUAAGAACCAAACGGUCAAAGUUCCCGUUUCAUCGUCGAAGAGCUUUGGCUCAAAAGGAGAUGUCGUCAGUGUUGAUUGGUUAUACAGAUGCAGCUGCAAAUGCAACACAAGCAGCUUCACUGGUAAACAACAGUAAAUAUCGGGCUUAUGUUGCGGCAGUCGAUAAAGCACUGAAAGCUUUUGAAGCUACCAAUGAAUGGGCCGACUUGAUCUCAGCUCUUGCAAAACUUAGUCGAGUAUUUCAUGCAAAUGCAAGAUUUGGUGAUAUACCGAAGCCAGUGACUGUAGCAAAGCGCCUUUCGCAGUGUCUACAUCCGGCCCUGCCACAUGGUGUUCAUCUGAAAGCACUGGAAACUUAUCGACAGCUCUUCGAUAUCCUUGGCCGGAAGGAUCUUCCACGUUUGUUGUAUCUUUUCGCUGUUGGACUUUUCCCACUGAUGGAUCACUGUGGAAUAAAGGUAAAAUUGGAAUUGUUAAAUAUAUUUGAACAAUAUCUCCUUCCAUUGGGUGUUGAACUGAAGCCAGCACUCCCUGGUUUCAUCGCUGGUGUUUUGCUGGGCCUUGAAGAAGGAACGGAGUUCUAUGAUAGAUCGUUUUCUCUUUUGGAUCAAGUACAGGACAGUGUUGGUCCGGAAGCAUAUUUUGCAUGUCUUUGGGAAGCAGUCCUUGGUUCACCAUCCGUUCGUCUUCCAGCACUGAUGUAUGUAAAUGCGAAAUUUAACCGACGGAAAAGUAUGCACGAUCAGGAGUAUAUUAUGGGAAAUAACAUUGAUCAUAUGAUAGCGGCUCUUUGCGCAACAGCAGAUGAUGAUGGCUCAAUACUUGUUCAGCGUCACUUAUUAGAUUUUUUGUCCUCUGCUUUCCCACUAAAUUCCGAUCAUCUCGUAAGAGAAGAUUUUGUUCAGCUUCUCAGACGUUGCCUCUUUUUGGUACUUCGCAGGGAUAUGAGCUUGAAUAGACGUCUGUAUCAGUGGCUACUGAAUCGUGUUGGUGAUUCAGCUGUUACUGGAUUGCCCGUUGCUGGAGUGGAUGAACAGCUUGACACUGCUUUUUUCAUCACUUAUGCCCUGCCGAUUGCGAGGAAAGCGAUCGAAGAGUAUUUGAAAUUAGAUACAGUGCAAGUAACUAGUGGUCUUGCUUCCUGGGACGGCACGAAGGAACAUCAAAUCCAGUAUACAGAAGUGCGAGUUGCACGUUUGCUAUUAUACUUUAUGGAUCGGCCUGAACUAGGCUCUCUUUUUCUUGAAGAAACAUUACUAAUUUUGUUGGAAGCAGCUUCUAGGAACGACACACAUUUGGAAUCGGUUUUAGUCGAGAAAGAGAAAAUAUUAAGUGGAACAAAAAGGCUAUCAUCUACAAUAGAAACAAUUAAUGAACAGAAUCGGCGGUGUAGUGUUACGAGUAAAUCCUCUAUUAGUUCACGGCAAUCACGAUUAAGCAUUCUAUCAGCACCUGAAGAAACUUCCACCAAACAGACUAAACGAUUGGAAGAGUUCCGAAAAACAGUAAAUUUGUUGAUGAAUUCGCUUGAUGUUGGGUUUAUUUGGAAUUUUCUAGAACGGAAACUAAAAUUGUUAAUACAGCAAACACAAAAAGAAGAAAAGCGAAACGGUACAAUAGAUCCACAUUUGUUGACAAAUGAAAUAAAAAUGUUGAAAGAUGAAGAAGAACGGAGAAUUACACGGGAAUUGGCGAACUUUCCACAGAUAGUAUUAUUUUGCCUGAACACAAUAGAAUUGGAUUCUCAUGGAGAUAUUCGGGAACGGUACUUACCACAGUUGUUGUCAUCGAUUCUCACCACUGUGGCUGAGAAAAAUGUUGCAUCGAUAGACAUUAGACUACUUGUUCGACUUUUAAUUGUCGCAAAAGCAAUUCUAAAUGAAGUCAAUCAAAGUGCUGUUGUUAUGGAAGCUGGAAUCAUGACACGAAAACUUAGUGAGGUAUAUGAAAUAGUACGUUGUGAAGAACUUGAUUCAAUGGAAAAACCAUCCACGCAAGGAGGCGCAAUUAAAGAACAGUGGAGAGUAGAGAAUUGUUUGAGUAGUUGUCAGCGAGUUCUUGCGCAGAUCUGUAAUUGGUAUUGCAAGGAACGAAAUACCGAACGCUUGCAAGCAUUUUAUGCUGUUUCAACUUUGACACAAGAAUUUGCCGAUUUUCCCUUAUAUGAUUUAGGUGCACAAGAAAUCAAGAGUGUGGGAUAUCAUAAAAGGCAUGGAUCAAGUAAUUAUCCGGUUUGGUUAAGCGCUUUAUUGAACGUAUUAUCACUCGACGAUUGGGAUGUUGCCGUGAGUUCUAAAGUAAGUCAUGAUACUCUUGACAUCCGGGUAACCGAUAUGUUUGCUCGCGCGAAUGCUUUGGAUCUGAUAACCUAUGUCUAUAUUAGGAGUAUUUCGGUUGCUGAACAACAUGACGCUAUGUUACAACGUCAAAAGAGAGAUAAUAAAGAAAGGACAACUAUUUUAUUGAAACCACUGAUUUCUGAAGUGAACUUGAAACAUUUGGAUGAUGACAACAUUUUCAAGAAGGCUGCUAAAAUCCUCUGGUCAUACUUGGACCAAAGCGACAAGGCAUAUUAUCAUUCGACAGUUGCUCGAUUGCUUUGUUUAUUUCAUUCACGGAAGCCUUCUGAACCGAGUAGUGAUGUCGAGGAUUUGAUCGUUAGCAAUCUUACAAGCAUGAAUAGGGAGCUAAGUUGCUCUGCUGCUAAAAAAUUUCGAACCUUAUGGAUGUUAAAUCGGCCUUCUGCAUCCGAGGAACUCUAUCCUGGAUUAUCAUCGAAGCCGUUUAACAGGGUUGUCAUGCUUUUAUUGGGUUUUCUAUCUGAUGAUACAAUUGGUUAUGAUAAAACAGAAUUGAAAAAUAUUUCGGCCUUUUGGUUCAAUGAUUGUGCUCAGCACUCGGAUUUGCCGUAUAUUCUGCAGAUGUGGGCUACUAUGCUCUUAAACCCAAGCACCUCACGUGUUUCAAUUCAGUACCUCAGUAUGCAUCGCAGAAUUAAUAAAGAAAAGUUCCCAUAUAUACCAUCCGGUAUUUGUGCCAUCACACUGUUAACGGAUGGUGGUCAUCAGUCAUUACAUCAUUUGUGCGAAGAUGUUUCGGUAAUAGGUCCAAAUGAAUCAAAGCGGCACUUGGUUGAAGCUUCCACAGUUUUUGAGAGAUUAAGAAUUGGAGAAUGCCCAAUUUGGUUGACUGAGCUACGAAAUCGUUUGUUGCAAGAAGGUGAUGAUAAUGGCGCGAUAGACUUGAAUAUGACAAGCGAAACACAAAAGAAUCAUCGCAGGACUGUAUCGGACAUACCAAUGUUUGAUGAUGACAGUGAUUCUGUUGAAACGACAUCACUAGAUUCGCUGGAUCAUGAAGUAGUGGAAACACUCCAAUAUAUCCUUGACUGUAUUUGUGCUCAAGAAGAAAGCGAAAUGGAAGUACAAGCUUGUUUUGCCGGUGAACGGUUGUGUUCCCAUGUUCAAAUGACACUGAUUAGUAACACACAUGAUACAGAGAGCGAAAUUAGUGAAAAAGAAGGAUUAUCCAGUGCAACAGCUGGUGCAUCACAGAAAAGAACGGCGGAAUUACAGUCAGUUCCUGUGGUUUCAUCGUGGAAAACUGUUGAGAAUGGUCCACCAAUUUCCGAAAACGUGAAACGGUCUAGAGGUCAUCGAAGGCAAGAUUCAUUGCAAGAAAGCAUAUUUACAAUGUCUGCACAAGAACUCAACAAGUUAUAUUCACUUAGAUUAUUUGAUACAUCCGAGUUGCCUCGAUUGGAAGCAACCGGAGAUGAAGUGCAACCAUUGUGCCACGAAUUACAUGCGCAUAUGUUGCUGUAUGCAGAAAGUGGGCAAACGGUGGAUUUAGCGCGCUCUGAAAAAGUAUUUCGAAUGCUAAUUGCCUUGAUGCGGACGAAACUUAGCUUCCUGACUCCCAGCCUUAUUAUUAGUUGUAUGGUUUCAUCUGGAACUGCUUCACUUUCGAAAUCUCCAUCGAGCGUUAUAUCUGGACAAUUAAUGGACCUUGUGUCACGUCAUAUUCAUUCCAUACUAGGGCAGGAUUUUUGGACUUCUGAGUCGGAUAGUGGAAGCGGGACGGACACACUAAAAUAUAAACAUUACAGUUUUCUUGAACUCUUUAUGACUAUUUCUUUACAUUUUCUUCGAUCAUAUUUUGUCAAUUCCCCCACUGCCAACGUUUCUAGUCUUGAUUUGCGCAAUGCUUGGAAAUGUAAGAUGGCAGUUUUGGAUUUUCUUGCCGAGUUAGUGCGCGGAUUAAUAGCGAUAAUCCAGGAGAAUCAGUCUCGAGCUUUAACUACUUACAUCCAUGGCUUGCUGCAGCGUUCAAAGCUUCAAAAAUGCUUGUUGCAUUCUCUUCUAACUUCUGUUCAUAAUGUUCGACAACAUAAUAACACCGAAAUAGUUCCAUUAUCAGUCGAUAUAUUGGAAUUUAAUGAUGGUAAUGCAACAUCCAGCAGUAAUUUCUGUGAUUUGAUUGUUGGUUAUCAAAGUUCGCUGCUAGAUUUAACUGCCACUGUAAUACAAUUGGAAUUGGUGAUCAAGAACGGAUUUCGAAAUUUUACUGACCAAAAUAGCAGUGGUAUAGAUAAACUGUCGAUAAAUCAUCAAAUUUAUAAUUCACCGCUGCAUCGUGCAACGCUUCGUGAACCAUAUGUUGGCAUGGUUGAAUUGCGUAUGUUUCUGUUAACUGUCUUGAAUGCCCUCAAGAAACAUUCAGCUGAACACCAACAAUGGCUUACAUUUGUCGUACGAAUACUCCCAUUUCUUGAUUAG